GUUGGUGCCAUUGCAAAAGUGGAGUAUCUCGGGGGCGGGAGUCUGGUGUAAAGCCGAUCGACCCCUGCAAGCAAACGCGCUAUUCGGGCACCCAAUUGCGGGUGAGCAUCUCCUCCAGCCGCCACGACGUUGGCCGUCUCGGUUGGCGAUGUGAACAGCCCAAUUCGCCACGGCAGUGCGACGGUGCAAUACACAGCUGAGGACUCCCUCCAGGCGGCUUUGCGAGGCCCAUGACUAGAGCCGAUGCGUCGUCUUUGAGCCUUAGGCCUCCAGACGAGUAGCGGGCGCCUCUUUCGACUAGCCUCUCUCCCUAGUGGAGUUAACUUUUCAAUCCUGGCCUGGCUGCUUCGCUAGCUGGCUUUCAGCUCGACGGUUUAAAAUGGACCGUCUUGCGGCGGCUUCCGUUGACCCUCAUCGCAACGUCUGAAUCAACCACGCUCGUCGACUGUCCAAAGAUGGGAGUGGCGCCCAACUCUCUACGUAGACACGGAGAGCUUAAUGCUCUGCCGGAUCUCAGGGAUUUCCAGUUCACGUUCGAGUUCCAGAAUGCCAUUGAGCCUGAUAUAUCUAUGAGAGUAGUAGACGACGAUGAAUCUCUAUCAGACAGUGUGCUCGACUAUCCCGAGGAAUUCGGCCGCACCUAUCAUGCUUACCAUGCGGGAUCAUACGUUUAUCCUAAUGACCUCACGGAACAAGAGCGACUGGCGCUUCAAGGGCCCAUCAUCAAGAAACUAUUCGACGACCGGCUCUAUUUUGCCCCGCUCUCCAGAUCGAAUCCUCCGCAAUUCAUUCUCGAUAUAGCCACGGGUGUGGGGGACUGGGCCGUCGAGAUGGGCGACUUAUUUCCUUCAUCGCGCAUUGUCGGCACGGACCUGUCCCCGAUCCAACCCUCAAUGGUGCCUCCAAAUGUUGAAUUCUACGUUGAAGACUCAUCGGAGCCGUGGAACUACACAGAUAAAUUCGGCUAUAUACACACCCGGCUCACUGCCGGCUGCUGGGGCUCCUUUGAGACAGAAAUUGCCCAGCAGGCCUUCGACGCGCUUGAGCCGGGUGGUUGGUUCGAGGCACAGGAAACAGAAGCAGUUUUCGGCUGCGACGAUGGCACUUUGGACCCUAACGGACCCAUGUGUACAUGGUUUCACGAAAUGAGAAUGGCUUCUGAGAAACUGAAUCGCCCUGCGAUUUUAGGCUCCAACCUGAAGGAAAUAUUCGAAAGGGUCGGCUUCGUUGACGUGGAGCAGCUUGUCUUCAGAAUGCCACUCAACGCGUGGCCUAGGGACGAGCGGCUCAAGGACUUGGGUUGGAUGUGGGGACAAAACUUCUCGCAGGGGUUGAACGGUUUCUCCAUCCAGCUCUUGAACAGAGCAUACGGCCGAAGUCAGCACGAAAUUGAGCUAUCACUCGUCAGAGUCCGGGAAGAACUUCUCAACCCGCAUGUACACGCUUAUAUGCCCAUUUUCGUGGUAUUUGGAAGAAAGCCAUUCGAUGGAGAGAUAGUCGAGUGAAAACUGCAACAU